AUAGGCAGGGACAUGAUCAGAAAGUCAUUUGUCCCAAUGGCUUAGUGAAUGUUCAGCUACUCUUGGAUAAGAAUAUACGGAUCCAAAAGUGAAAUACAGCUUUCUAAAAUGAAUUGUCUACUGAUCUUAGUUGUACUGACAGCUUCAUUAAUUGCCACAUCUGAACCCAAGAAAGGAUAUUGCAAACAUCCUGCAGAAUUUACCAACGUAAACCUCACUGCUGAAACUUACAUGGUUCAAACUAAAGUUAGAUACAGAUGUGAUCAUGGCUUCAACAGAGUACUAGGAAGUUCAGGAUACUAUGUAUGUACCGAUGUGUCAGGAAAGAUUGCAUGGAAAGGCCGUCCCUUGCAGUGUAAAAAAAGCUUGAGAGACAAUGCACAAUUAUCCACUGAUUUUCAGAGGUCAUGGGCAUUUGGAAAUGGCAGUGGUCUAACAGAUCGCUGCGGACUUCUGCCUAACAUUUCACAUGCCUUCUUGAACAUCAGUUACUCAAUUUACCAGGAGGGACAAGAAUUCCAUUACAACUCCAACCAUGUCCAGGCAGAAUCACAUGGAGUCAUAAAGUGCAUGUAUUGUAAUGGAUUGAUAACCUGGGUUAACAUGACCGAAGGAUGCAUCCCCAGUAGGAUGACAGUUUCAUGGAUAACAGAAGAUGUUACAGAAUACCUUCAUACUGAAACAACAAGAGGGAUGAUGACGAUAAUACAAAUAUCAGUGUUGUGCACUGCAUUUGGAGCUGUUAUCACCAUCAUUUUGUGUUCAAUAUUUGGAAAGAAAAAAUGGAGGAAGAGGUUUCCUGGAAAAGUCAAAGCUGUCAAGCAAGCAAAUGAAAACAAAUCUAAUCUGGAUGUUCAUCUACAUCUAAAUGACAGCAAGUCAGUGUUUGAAGAGAUUGUUAACUGACUGGAUCCUAACAUAUAAAGAUAUCAAACAGCUGCAUAGCAUCCCUUCACACUGGCAAUAGAUCAAUGAGACCCCUUUACAGU